AUGACGUCGGCAAGUAAAAUACGCGUUGGUGUUGUCGGAUAUGGAAAUAUGGGACAUUAUUUAACAAAAGCUAUAGAGGACAACGACAAUCUUGAACUGGCCUUUGUUUGGAAUAGAUCUACGGAGGCCCUUGAAGGCAAUGUAAAAAGUGAUUGCAUUUUAAAAGAUUUGAACGAUUUCGCCAUUUUCAGUCCGGACUUGAUAGUGGAAGUGGCUCAUCCUUGUAUAACUCGAGAAUACGGAGCUAAAUUUCUCCAAUAUGCCGAUUACAUGAUUGGAUCGCCCACGGCAUUGGCGGAUAAAGACUUGGAGGUCACCCUUAGAAAAGCUGCCCGAGUACAUGGUCUUUAUGUACCUAGUGGGGCAUUUUGGGGUGGAGAGGAUAUUAAGAAAAUGGCCGAUAGGGGCACUCUUCAAGCUCUGAAAGUUACAAUUUCAAAACACCCAUACAGUUUCAAACUAGAGGGUGACCUCAAAGAAAAGAACUCACGAGUGACAGGUGAUACUGCUGUUGAAUUGUACUCCGGACCAGUAAGAGAGUUAUGUCCCUUAGCUCCAAAUAAUGUGAAUACAAUGGCCGUUGCUGCCUUGGCUGCACAUAAUCUUGGAUUUGAUGGGGUGCAAUGUCGGUUGGUGUCGGACCCAAAAUUGACAGAUUGGCACAUAGUGGAAGUGGAAACUUGGGGACCUGGGGAUAUUUCAAAAGACAAAGCAUUCCAUUGUCAUACUGUUCGCCGUAAUCCUGCUCAGAUAGGGAAUGUAACUGGGUCGGCAACAUACGUCUCUUUUCUCAGCAGUAUGGUUAGAGCACAUGGGAAAGGACCGGGUGUUCAUCUGUGUUAA